AUGACAGGGAAGCUGAAACACCAUCAAGCCCUCAAGGCUGAAGGUCUUCUACGUCACUGGAGCUCGGGGCUGUUCACGCUCUUUGUUUCACACCAGUGGCUCGGUCGUCACCAUCCUGAUCCCAAUUCUGAGCAAUUGCGAGUGCUUCAGGGGCUUCUAAGGAAUCUUUUGGCAAAGACCGUGACGAUAGAGUACGAUGUUCUUACGCAGUUUUUCGGUGGUACGGGCCCGAAAGCAGAGCUUGACAAACUGGUUGGUGCUUAUUUGUGGUUGGACUACAUCUGUGUCCCUCAGCUCGUCGAAUCUGCCAGUUCAAGCCUAGCUUACGAGCAGCUCCGCUACGUGUGGAGCAUACACAGCUACGUGGACCGAUGUGCCCUUUUUUUGGCUUUGGUGCCUCCGUGCAUCCAUCAUGACACAGGAGUGCCAUGCUCACUGAACAGCUGGCUGGACCGCGGUUGGUGCCGCACCGAAUUUUGGUGCAAGUCUUUUUCCACAAGAUCGAAGGUUCCCAUCGUGGUCGUAAAGGGUGAAGACUCCGCUCAAUACAUGACAGGCUUGUCUUCCUUGCGAUAUCCGGUUUACUCGGGUAUGUUCGCUGUUGAGGAUGACAAGGCUGCGUGCAGUCUACUUGUCCAGAAGGCUUUGAUGAAGUAUCUGUCCAUGCUGCGUGCGGCCAAGAACAAGACGGCCUACCGAUUGUACCUCUCCCUCUUCGAGCAGAUGACUGGAUGUGAGAACAAGAAACGCAGCAUGGAGGAAUUCCUUCAUGAUUUUUGCUUCUCUGAACCUGUGGGACAGCACAAGAGCCUUGGUCCUGUAGUUUGCGCUGCUCUCUCUGGAGAUCAUGAACUGCUUCGCAAUCUAGUCAGUGCCAGGGCCUCCCUCCACGCACGCGCGCCCGGCAUGCUUGAGACAUUUAAUGCGGAGUUGAUGCCUUUGCACUUUGCUUUGGAAUUCCGAAGUCAAGACCUACGAGUCUUGCAGACGCUGUUAGAGCUUCGAGCCGAUCCAAACUGCAGCACCCUCAAUGCUUCGUCCCCUCUAUCCUCUUGCCGUACAGUGGAUGCCGUAGACCAACUGGUCGAGAACAGAGCUGACGUGAAUUUGGGAACAACAAUAGCACAAUUGCCCCCCAUUCAUUUCGCUGUAGGAGCAAUCGGAGCACCUUGUGAAGUUGUUGCCAGACUUCUGGAGCUUCGAGCGGACGUGCUGGGCGGAGGGGGCGGAGUCGCAUGCUCACCUCUCCACAAUGUUGCAUUCUCGGGUGACUCCCACAACGAUCUGCGGAACGCGCAGCUGUUGCUGGACAACAAGGCGGACGUCAAUCAGCGUUGCCGGCCGGAGGGCAUCUUCAGGCCGAUCGAGUUGAUGGCUCGAGUCAGCAGCCGAUGUGCCGGUAGGUCAGGUGCACUGGUCCGAUUUUUCGGCAACUUGAGCUCAACGCCUCUGGGUUGGUGCGCCGUGUUUGGCAACGAAGGCCUCCUGACCUUCCUGCUGCGUGAGCGGGCUGACCCGGAGAUUCGGAACAACCGAGGCCUCCGAGCCAUUGACCUGGCUACUUCUGAGAGAGUCCGGACGAUCCUUCGAGAUCCCGUUCCGCACAUCUAUUUGUUGGAGAGCGGAUCUGAGUUGGUCACUGAACAGUUUUAA